CGGAGAAAGGCACAGAGCACAGAGAGAGAGGGAGCAGGUGAGCGCAUCUCUCAUGGAGCGGCAGGUCACUAACGCUUCUCUCUCAUCCCCGAAAACCCACCACAACACCACCACUUUGCGCUCGCCCACCUCUGCAUUCGGGACCAGACUGUCACACGCGUUGAUGCUUCUCUCGAACUCCCUUCUUCCAAACCUUGAUUUUAGCACGCACUCGCUUCCCUCUUCACGACAGCGACCCGCCCGCUCCUCCAACCCACCGUUGUCGCUGCCGCUGGUGCUUGUCCCUCUGCGCCCCGUCUUCGUUCCCACGAAAACUCGUCUACCCGAAUUGCACUACUCCACGACGCACCCAAUCUCCAAACCGCCCGAUUUGAUAUCCCAAACCGCGGUAUUAACUCAAUUUUUCAAUGGCAGCUACGGCGUCCGCGCCGCCUGCCCUCUCCCCAGGGCAGGCGACGCUCGAUCAUGACGAUAGCAACAUCUCCAGCCCGCUGAGCGACGUCGAGGACAAGGACGGCGGUGAAUCUCUUGAUGGGAUGCAGCUCGACCACACUCGGCCAGACCAUGACGAGGCGCUCGACUCUGACAGCAAUCUGUCAGAGGCAAAUGAUACCGAAGCAGAGACUGAGCGUCUCUACGACACCCCGCAGGCACAGCGCCACAAGGACGUCGUUGUCAAUCAGUUCAACGACGGCCAGGUCUACGAACGGACCCCUAGCAAGCUUCAAAAAACGUUUUCUGUUGACGGCCACGACGAUGGCGACGACGACAGUCUUUCCGACCGCGACGACGUGUCAAUGACCUCUAGUCACGGUGACUUGGGCUCGCCCACCAAGCCCAAGAAGUCGACCGAGCUCCCAACCACCGAAGACGACCCUGAGAAUACCGAUAGCAAGAAAAGGAAGCGGUCGCCGGUCGCGGAAUCAUCCGAGCCAGGCCAGCCCGCCAGGAAGCGCACCGGCUCCGUCGUGCCCCAGGAGCAGGAUCAGCACAAGAAUGACGUGGAGAUGCACGACGAUGAGGCCCCAUCCACAAACUCACAUACUGGUGAUCACUCAGCGACCGAGGACAGUGUUUUGGAACUUCCCCACAGCAAGCGCGGCCCUUCGCGCGAUGGACACAGCCCGAUCAAGGAUUCACAAAUUACAAAAAAGGUUACCCGCAAUGGGAGCAGAAGGAAAGGUCACGCUGCCGAGGCCCACGAGAAUGAAGGGCACGAUGGUGACGCUCGAGAUGACAGUCGCGGUGACGACGACUCGGGCCCCCACGGCGACGACCAGGCUGACCACGAAGGUGACGACGAGGCGGAGGCGACGAGGAAUGACGAAGAAUUUGAAAGAAAACGUGCUGCGGUUGAGGAAUGGACCGAUCUUGAAGAGAAAUUUGUCGUCUUCCGCGAGCGUUUGUACAAGGAUCGCCUCGAGCGCCUCGAGCAUGAAGAACAGUCAUUGCAAGCCGAGCCGCCAACACAUCCCGAAUACUUAAACAUGAAGCAAUGUCUGGACGAAAGGCUCGAAAAAAGGCUUCGAAACAUUGAAAAAGAAUAUGAGCUCUCAGUCGAGGCCCUCGAGAGAUUGGCAGUGGCGCGCCGCGCCCAGAUUUGGAACCAAUUCUACCAAGGCUCUCGGGAAAAGCGCUCAAAGAUGCUCGAAGAUCUCAACAAGGAGUGGUACGAGACCCAGAAUGCUAGGCGAAGCGCACACAGCAUUCCGGACUACGGCCUCCUCUUCCCGACGAACCCUGCACAGCGCACAAGGAACGCCGUGGCAUACAAUUCGGAGGUCUCGUUUUUGGCCGGUCUCGCCAAGCAUGAGGGCUUCCCCGCGGUGCCGGCCAUGAGGGGCGCGAGCGGCUCAGAGAUCGAGGACGACCUGGAGCAAAUGAAGCGCAACACGAAACCUCGUCAGCGUUCAAUAAUGCAGCCCAUUGAGGAUUAUCAAGCAGUGGCUUUCGGAUCUAACCUCGGCCCCGCCGGGGAACAAUUCAUCAAAGAUACUCCUUGGGCCAACCCGAACCACAUUGCGCACAAAAUCAGCACAGGACCUGCAGCAGCCGGUGCUCGAUUGAGCAGUCCAAUGCAGGGAGGUAAAGCAGCAGCAGGCCCGUCGAACCAACAACCGAUACCAGUCGUUACGAACGGCCAUGUCGUGCCGCAGGCGUCGCCACCGAUGAACCGAUUUAUUUCUGCGUCUCCCGAGAUGGUCAGAACAGCCAAUGUUUUGACACAGAGUGCUCAGAUGAAGCGCGCAGGCAGCCGCACAUCAAAAGCUGCAAAAAACACGGCUCCCAAACAAGAGCCAGUGUCGGCGAUGGCUAGUUAGGACGGCAUCAAUGGACGGCCAACGGCGUUUUCGAGGCUUACUGCUCUGUUAUGAUACCCCACGACGGCUUGGGCAGCUCGCCCCUUUUUCUUUCCUUUAACUAGUUAUGCUUGCACUGGCGCGUUGUUGCAACGGGCAUGUUCAUUUUGGCUGUCCCCAUAUAGAGAGAGGGUGUCAAAACUUAUGGGUGCCUACGAGAUGGGAGGAAAGGACAGGUUUUACGGAGCUGCAUUUGCAUUGAACGGACGGGUCUAAUCCUGUAAUGAGAGAUGCACAGAGUCAUUGAUUGGGGAUUUGUUUUAUUUAUCUUUGAUAUUGAUGCAACAGGCGCAAAGAGCGAGAUGAGUGA